CGGCGACACGGUGUGUCGUAGUGAGAGAUGACGUGAUCAGAAAAAAAGCUGUCCGUUACCGGGAGGAAGAGGGCAAGCGUCCUGCUCAGGACAGGUGACUCACCAUGACGACAGAGCUAGGUGAAGCCCAGCCCACAGAGGCGGAGUCUUUCCCUGAAGCUGCCAACCACUCCACACCGAAACAGGGUGAGAAGGGUGGGGUGUCCCAAGCUCAGAGCUCCUUGGCAGAGGACUCAGCCAGUAACCUGUCGUCAAGCAGCUGGAUUGCUCGCUCUCCUGCUAGAAACCCACUGAGCUUUAGAACAAUGCAGGCCAGAGUGACCCUGCUAGAUGGCUCCAUGUUCACCUGCACCGUGGAGAAACGAGCUCGAGGUCUGCAGCUGUUUGAGAAGGUUUGUGAACACAUAAACCUGCUAGAGAGAGACUACUUCGCUUUGUCCUUCAGAGAUGCUGACAAUAACAAGAACUGGUUGGAUCCAGCAAAGGAGAUGAAGAAGCAGGUCAGAGGUGUUCCCUGGAACUUCUCUUUUAAUAUAAAGUUUUACCCUCCUGAUCCUGCACAGCUGUCUGAGGACAUCACCAGGUACUUCCUGUGUCUCCAGCUCAGACAGGAUAUAGUUUCUGGUCGUCUUCCUUGUUCGUUUGCAACUCACACCAUCCUCGGCUCCUACACAGUCCAAUCAGAGCUUGGAGACUAUGAUCCCGAUGACUGUGGUGCAGACUACAUCAGUGAAUUGUGCUUUGCUCCGAAUCAAACUAAAGAAAUGGAAGAGAAGAUCAUAGAGCUGCACAAAACCUACAGAGGAAUGACUCCAGCUGAAGCAGAGAUGCAUUUCCUGGAAAAUGUAAAGAAACUUUCCAUGUAUGGAGUCGACCUCCAUCAUGCAAAGAUGAUAGGAAGCGGCUUUGUUUGCCUGUCUUCAGCUAAGUCAGAGGACUCAGAGGGUGUGGCUAUUAUGCUGGGUGUGUGCAAUAGUGGUCUGCUGGUCUACAGAGAUAGACUGAGGAUCAACAGGUUCUCGUGGCCAAAGAUCCUGAAGAUUUCAUACAAAAGAAACAACUUCUACAUCAAGAUCCGACCAGGAGAGUUCGAGCAGUUUGAGUCCACCAUUGGUUUUAAGCUGUUCAACCAUAGAGCUGCUAAGAGACUCUGGAAGGUGUGUGUGGAACAUCACUCCUUUUUCAGGCUAUUAUCACCAGAAGAAACUCCUAAGAAGUUCCUGACUCUGGGUUCAAAGUUUCGUUACAGCGGUCGGACUCAGAUUCAGAGUCGCAGAGCCAGUGCUCAGAUAUCCAGACCAGCACCGCAUUUCCCACGAUGUAUCAGCAAGAGGAGCAUGUUGAGCCGCAGUUUAGAUGGAGAUAUGGGUUCUGGGCUGUAUGGAGCAUCUAAAGCCAUCGCCAUCAGUGACCUCAUCACAACAGUAACACCUGAGAAGAGAAUGGAAGAGAGCAGUGAAGUUGAGGAGGUGCAGGAAGUGGAGAAUGUGAAUGAAAAGGAGCAAGAGGAAGAGGAAGAGGAAACCAAAGAAACAGAGAUUUCACAGCAGAGUACUCUCACUCCUCAGAAAAUAGACACCAAAACUGAGCUAACUGAUACUGCUGUGGACGAAGACCUGACAGCUACUGAGUCUGACCAAGAUGAAGAUUUGAAAACUCAGGGAACAUUGGGUACUCCUGAGGAGAUGCAGAAACCUCAGAGCACCAUCAGCGCCCUCAGACGCUCCUUUUUAGAGGGAGGAGAAGGAGAAGGAGGAGGAAUGACAGAGUGGGAGAAGCGUCUGGCCUCGUCACCUCUCCGAAGGGUCGAUGACUCCCCAAUGAUUGAACCUCUGGAGCCCGAUGAGCCUAAACCUACAUUUGAUGAUAUGUCUCCUGAGCUGACGGCUCUGCUGAAAUCAGCCAGAGAGCAACAAACCUUCAGAGAACACGACCUGCUGAAGACUUCAGAGAAGGUGGAGACAAUAAUGCUGGUGACAGAGCCACAUGACCAGGAUGAGGCAAUGGUGGACCAGCAAAAGGUAGCAAAAGAAAGUCAUGUGGGCAUGCCCUUUAGUAAUCUACCAGCCAAUCCAGCAGGUGUUGGUGUAACAAGUGUUGAUGAUAGCACACAGCAAUGGGCCUGUGACAGUUUUAAUGAUGGUCGGGCUAAUAGUCCAACAAGUAAACAUAAUGUAGGUGAUGAUGAUGAUGAUGAUGAUAUUAGCUACGAGCCUAGCAGCCAGGCUAGCGAUGACAAUGCUAGUGAGAUUAGUGAGGAUGCCGUCAGUGUGCUGGUACAGGCAGCAGUGGAGGAGGCCAUCGAAGCUGCAGUCAGAGAGACUCAGACCCCCAACGCUAAUGACACUAAUCAGGAUAACAUUAACAACAAGAUAGCAGUUAGCUUUUGUGAACAGGAGCAAGCUAGCUCUGUCCUGGACUCUCAAACACCUGGGACUCUGCAUUACACUGACAACGAAGACUCAGACGACUCACAGGAAGAUGAAGGAGGGUGGCAAUUUGAAGAAAACUCCCCUCCGCCCUCUUUACUCCAUCCCACAUCCAGGCACUUGGCCCAUCAGAAGCAACCAUCUGCCCACAGGGAUGACGAUGAGUUCAAACCACUACAGGAGAGCCAAGUAGAAUCUGAUACUCCUGCUGGUCUGCUGCUCAGCUCACAGACCUACACUACCGAGACCUCCAACACCACUACCACCACUCACAUCACCAAGAUGGCAAAAGGGGGGAUUUCUGAAACCAGAAUAGAGAAGAGGAUUGUGAUUUCUGGAGAUACAGAAGUUGAUCACAACCAGGACUGAAUCUGGACGCCCAAGGGGUUUUUAGUGUAGAGUGCAUUGCCAGAAACAAAACUGUUCGCUGCAGCAUCCACCGAGCAUGGAUGAACUGAGGAUUUGGACACACAUUCAUGCAUGGACACUCACACGCAUAUAUACAGCAUCGCCUGCCUAUCUCACAGGGGGUGGGACCAAUGGCUGAGUUAGCAUUAGUUCGAUAGUGUGACUAGAUGAGUAGAUUUAACUGAAAGUUCCACAUGGAACGCAGAGAUGGGAGAGAAAGACGUGUUUCCAUAGCAACAGACAACCUUCACUGGACCUUCACUAUGAAUCAGCCUUCUGAUGCAUUUACUUAUAUAAGCCUUCCCCCACACCUCAUUCCCCAACACUCUAAGGUGGGCAUCUGAUUGGCUAGCUGACUCAGGUGUGCUUGCUCCUCCAUUGUUGGGAGACAGCAGCUUUUCAAAACAUUUAGCCUCACAUCUGAAAGAUAGUGCUUCGAGCUUUACCUGGUGAGAAACUUGAUGUGUACUAUCACCAGCUGAUCAAAACAGUUUCCUGUCUAACAAGAAAAAACAGCUAAAACUCUGCUUUGAAUUUACCCAUAAUGCAAUAGUAAUGUGCCAUUCGCUAAACCUUCCACGAAAAUGAUGAUGAAUGAUUCAUCUGUGUGUGUUUUUGAUUUCUGUAUCCAUUUAUUUAUUAAAUUACAAACUGAUCACAG